AUGAUGUUUCUCAAGGCUCUUAUCGCCGGGUUGCUGGCCUCACCGGCUACUCUGGCUGCUCAGCUUACCAAGGUCAACUAUCCCAACGAUGCGAUGUCAAAAGUAGAUAUGUACAUUUAUGUUCCCGAUAAGGUCGUUGCCAACCCACCUCUCGUCGUCGUCAUCCACUCUUGUCAGUCCUCCGCGCAGGCCUACUUCCAGAACAGCCUGAUCCCCUGGCACCGCGGCUCCGAUAAUAAGGGGUACAUCACCGUGUGGCCGAGCAGUCCUCACAGCGGGACGUGUUGGGAUGUGUCUAGCAAGGCGACCUUGACACACGGAGGCGGGGGUGAUACCCAGGCUAUCUCUAACAUGAUCACGUAUGCGAUCUCGCAGUACAAGGUGGAUGCGAGCAGGGUGUUCGUGACGGGAGGAAGCUCCGGAGCUAUGAUGUCCAACGUUUUAGCGGCGACAUAUCCCGAGCAGAUCAAAGCACUUUCGCUGUACUCUGGGGUGCCAGCUGGCUGCUUCUUGUCGUCCUCCGGGGGCGUGGACCAGUGGAACUCCUCUUGCGCAUCAGGCCAAGUCAGCGCCACGGCAGAGGCUUGGGGAAAUGUUGCAAGGAACAUGUACCCGGGGUAUAAUGGGACCCGUCCAAAAAUGCAGAUAUGGCACGGUUCUGCGGAUGGGACGCUGAACCCACAGAAUUACAAGGAGGAAAUCAAGCAAUGGACGAAUGUCUUUGGCGUUAGCCAAACGCCCACUUCCUCGGUCAAGAACUACCCACAGUCAAACUAUCAGACUGAUAACUACGGCCCAAACGUUCAAGGCAUCUAUGCCACGGGGGUCGGGCACAGUGUGCCAUCUAACUUGACCGCGAGCGAGGAGUGGUUCGGUCUCUAG